AAUUUCCAUAAAAAUUUGAAAAUUGCUGUCUGAAUUUUCUUUUUAAUAUCUAAAAGCAUUGUAAGCACUGUCAUAUUAUAUAUUAAUUGAGAGAUACCCAAUGAGUUAAUGACAAAUAUAGUUAAAUUUCUUUUUUUUCCUUGUGCUAGUGAAAGAGAUAUUAUAUGUAGGCAGGCCAGAAUCAGAGGACUUAACAGGGUCAUAAUUUGGGGAACUGGGGAAUAUAACCUUCGUAGAAUAUGAUCCACGGCCGCGUUAUCCACCCACAGUGUUACUUUAGCCCCCGCCAUAAGAUCUUGCCAGCAAACGAUGGCAGCAACAGUGGGGUAAAGCUCCAAAAUAGUGAUGUGGUAAUAACUCUAGGAAGGGGGCCUAGAGCCUUGGAUCCAGUGAUUGCCCCAUACAGCACCAAAACCAAAGGAUGUAGACGAAUCAGUGUACAAUUCCAAACGCAACUUCUGUGGCAGGAACAUGCUCUUCCCGUUAUUGUGAGUCGGGAAAUCUCGCCAGAUGAUCAGGCCUUGCAUGGCCUCAUUUGUUAUCUUGACUUUGUAAUGCAGCUCGCGCACCUUACAUGA